AUGAGUGACACAGAUGCCACGAACCAGCCAAGGAGGAGCGAGCGUGUCAAGGCCACACAAACACCAAGGGCAAAGGCACAGUCUCUCCCAGUUCGGCCACCUCUGCAAAAUACCGGCUCCCCAGUGAAGCGGAGCUCCCGGAGACACAAUCCCAACGAUGACAGUACCGGCUCGACCAGUGGCUCACAGACGAGCCAUCAUUCGGCUCGUACAGACCCCGAAGCUACACCGCGGGCUUCUCGAGAUUCUAGUAACCGCGCCAACACAUCGACCACCGCCACUUCCGUCCAAUACAGCAAGUCCCUGUCCGACUAUCAAGCAAUAUUCGACAGACCCUCAUUGCCAAGCUCUCGUUCGUCACCAUCAAGACAGUCCUCGGCUUCGAAACGGUCCACCAGUCCACUGAAGAACAUGGCCUCACUUCGAGAAGCUGGAAUUGAAUAUGAUGACCUCAAAGACAACGGGGCACUACUGGGCGAUGCUGGAGAUGAACUCCACCAGGACCUCAGCGACAUUACCAUGUCAGUCGGAAUCUAUCCGGCUCAGAUUUGCGAGGAUAUUCACGUCGCCAUUGAACGCAAACAUCGGAUUCACCAACUCCAUAAAAAUACGGAUGACCCUCGCAGUCGCCAGGAUUUGCUUCAUGAGCUUUCCCAACUCCAGGAGAUCAAGAAGCUUUCAAGGCGAUGCAGUCGGGAUAUGGAAGGAGAGGCUGAGUGGAACAACGCGGUCCAUUCAGCAGUCCUGCGUCUGGCCUUUGGGCAUGACGAUUCUGAGAUCGGCUGGAGAUACAUUACGAACGCUAAGAUCGAUCCGCGAUACCUGCCAACCAUGUCUGACGGUCUCACCUCCUCGUCCAAGAUGGUCGACUUUGCCUUGUUUAUUGGCGAUGGGCAAGUCGACCAACUGCAUGAUGUAUCAACGUCACCAAGUGGCCGCCUUGAUCAGACGAUUUCCCAUUUCAUAACUGGAGGCUCUGACUCGAUUAACCACAUUUCUUACUUUGCCCUCCGCCAUCAUCCAAUCUUCCUUGGGAUUGAGACAAAGACCAUCAGCCGAACUGAGGAGGAGGCUCGAGUUCAGCUUGGUAUCUGGGUGACUGCGCACGUCAGACGCAUCUGGUCGCUGGGCAGUCUCACGUCUGCCUCCAAAGCGUCGGCUUUGAGGGGUGUGCUACAAGAGAUGGUAUUUCCCUUGAUCUAUGUCCAAUCUGCCAAGUGGAGUUUGCUGUUCGCCCGUCCCUUUUUCAAGCUGGAUGCCAAGGGGAGCGAGGUGCUUCACAUUGUCAUCUACCACGACAUCAGUCUGGGGGAAACGUCAUCCAUCGAUGGCCUUUAUCGCCUUCUUCAAGCUUUCCGGAUCAUACGCAAAUGGGGAGGCACUGUGUUUCGUGGCUGGUGGAGGAGAAUUUUUGAAAUCAUUUACGAAGCAGAUGUUUCUAGUUAA